AUGCAGGCCAGUCAAUUACCACCAAAUCCCCGCGAAUCGGCGGGGCUUUUAUCAUCAUUGAUGUUUUGUUUCGCUCUGCCUAUAUUGUUCAAAGGACGAAAAAAGACAUUGGAACCGACAGAUCUUUAUAAUACCCUCAAGGAGCAUCAGGCUGGAUAUUUGGGCAACAAAUUUUUCGAGAAAUGGCAAAAAGAGGUGGCAAAGUCGGCCGAAUUGAAGAAAGAACCCAGCGUUAUAAAGGUUAUAGGACGCCAAUUUGGCUGGCAAUUAAUAUUCUCGGGUAUAAUAAUUGCAUUUUUGGAAUUGGGUACCAGACUCACUUCACCGCUUUUGCUGGCUGGUCUGAUAAACGAGUUUACAAUCAACGGAAACGGAAAUGGUUUGGCAGCUCAGCUUUAUGCCAUUGGUUUAAUAUUAACCACAUCUUCCAGUGUUAUCCUCAUGCAUCCCUACAUGAUGGGCAUGACGCACCUGGCCAUGAAAAUGCGAGUGGCCGUCAGUGGAGCAAUUUACCGCAAAGCUCUUCGGCUAAGUAGAACCGCCUUGGGAGACACCACCACCGGGCAAGUGGUUAACUUAAUCUCCAAUGAUCUGGGGCGAUUUGAUCGGGCCUUGGUGCACUUUCACUUCCUUUGGCUGGGACCUUUGGAACUGCUUUUGGCUUCGUUUUUUAUUUAUCAACAAAUUGGCUGGUCCUCUUUCUAUGGCAUCGCCAUACUCAUCCUCUACCUGCCCCUUCAGACCUACAUGAGUAAACUCACCUCCAAAUUGAGACUGCGGACAGCCCUGCAAACAGAUCAGCGUGUGCGCAUGAUGAACGAAAUAAUCUCCGGAAUACAAGUGAUCAAAAUGUAUACUUGGGAGAAGCCGUUCGGGAAACUUAUUGAACAGCUGCGACGCAGUGAAAUGAGCUCCAUACGAAAGGUCAAUUACAUUCGAGGACUGCUUCUGUGCUUUGAAAUCACACUGGGUCGAAUUGCCAUAUUUGUCAGUCUCCUGGGAUUCGUUUUAGCUGGCGGAGAACUUACGGCGGAGAGAGCCUUUUGUGUGACAGCUUUCUACAAUAUUUUACGCCGCACUGUCAACAAAUUCUUUCCAAGUGGAAUGUCCCAAUUUGCCGAACUAUUAGUUUCCCUGAGAAGGAUUAAAACAUUUAUGAUGCGCGAUGAAUUGGAGGUAAGGGAUAACGAGAAACAAGGAAAAUUCCCAGAAGGCUCCAUUGAGAUGGAGCAAUUUAGAGCCCGGUGGAGUCCUGACAAUUCGGAACCCGCUUUGGAUAACAUCAACCUUAGUUUGAAAUCCCAACAAUUGGUGGCUGUCAUCGGACCUGUGGGAUCUGGUAAAUCUAGUCUCAUUCAAGCCAUUCUGGGAGAGCUGUCACCUGAGUCCGGUUCAGUUAAGGUGAACGGAAGAUACUCAUAUGCCUCCCAGGAACCAUGGCUCUUCAAUGGAUCGGUGAGAGAUAAUAUUCUGUUUGGCCUGCCCAUGGAUAAGCAACGCUAUCGCACAGUGGUGAGGAAAUGCGCCUUGGAACGCGACUUUCAGCUUUUGGGCGGCGAUAAGACUAUUGUGGGUGAGCGUGGAGCUGGUCUUUCGGGAGGUCAACGGGCUCGCAUAUCUUUGGCUCGAGCUGUGUACCGUCAGGCGGAUGUUUAUUUGCUGGAUGAUCCUCUCAGCGCUGUAGACACUCAUGUAGGUCGUCAUUUAUUCGAUGAGUGUAUGCGUGGAUACUUGCGUCAUCAGUUAGUUGUCCUAGUCACUCAUCAGCUACAAUUUCUGGAGCAGGCCGACCUCAUUGUAAUCAUGGAUAAGGGAAAGAUUAUGGCCAUGGGCACCUAUGAUGAUAUGCUCAAGAGUGGCCAAGAUUUUGCCAAACUUCUCAUAGAGAGCACGGAUCAAUGCGAUACAAAAGAGGAAGAAAAGGCUGGAGGAGAUGCGAAACCGUUCUUUGGCCGUCAAAUUAGUACCCAAAGUACCCGAAGUAUCCUUUCAUUUGACUCCAUAGACUAUCCAGAAAUGAUUCCUCAGGUGGUAAAAGCCACCUCGAAUUCCAAUGGAGAAAUCGGCCUUGGCAUGUACCAUAAAUAUUUCUCAGCAGGCUGCGGAUGGUUUGUCCUUGCCCUGGUGGUUGCUCUUUGUCUUGGAACUCAAUUGUUGGCCUCUGGUGGAGAUUACUUCCUCUCCUAUUGUGUAAAGAAUGCCUCAUCCUAUGUGGAGAUCUACUACUUUGCCGGCAUCAAUGCAUCUCUGGUGAUCUUUGCAAUACUCCGCACAGUUCUAUUCUUCAACGUCACUACGCACUCUUCUAACAAUCUACACAACUCCAUGUUCAAAGGUGUCUCAAGAAGUCCCUUGUAUUUCUUUCACAAAAAUCCAUCUGGCCGAAUUUUGAAUCGUUUUGCCAUGGACUUGGGUCAAACGGAUGAGGUUCUGCCUCCAGUUAUGUUAGAUUGUGUCCAAGUGUUCCUUACACUAACUGGAAUUAUAAGUGUUCUGUGCAUCACGAAUCCCUGGUAUCUGAUAAACACGGUGAUAAUGCUGAUAGCAUUCUAUUUUCUUCGAGAAUUCUAUCUAAGAACUUCACGAGAUGUGAAACGCUUGGAAGCCCAGGCCAGAUCGCCCAUGUAUUCCCAUUUCAGUGCUACCCUCAAUGGCCUGCCCAUGAUUAGGUCGAUGGAUGCUCAGGGUAUGUUGAUUGGGGAAUAUGAUAACUACCAGGACUUGCACAGUUCUGGCUAUUACACAUUCAUAUCCACAAGUCGAGCCUUUGGUUACUAUUUGGAUCUGUUUUGCGUGGCCUAUGUGAUCUCAGUGAUUUUAUUCAGCUUCUUCAACCCACCUCUGGAUGAUCCUGGUCAGAUUGGUUUGGCCAUUUCACAAGCUAUGUCAAUGACCGGCACCGUCCAGUGGGGCAUGCGUCAAUCUGCCGAAUUGGAGAACUCAAUGACUUCAGUGGAACGUGUCCUGGAAUAUAGAAACCUAGAACCGGAGGGCCAAUUUGAGUCCACCGUGGAACAACAACCUCCAAGCAGUUGGCCUGAAAAUGGCAAACUAGUAGCUGAGAAUUUAAGUCUGCGUUAUGCUCCUGACCCUCAAUCGGACUACGUUUUAAAGUCAAUUAACUUUGAGAUCAAACCACGUGAAAAAGUGGGCAUUGUCGGACGCACUGGAGCGGGUAAAUCUUCUCUAAUCAAUGCCCUGUUUCGUCUGUCCUACAAUGAGGGUGCAAUAAGGAUUGAUAAAAGAAAUACCGAAGAAAUGGGUCUUCAUGAUCUGCGCAGCAAAAUUUCCAUUAUACCCCAGGAACCGGUACUCUUCUCAGGAACUAUGCGCUACAAUCUGGAUCCCUUUGAGCAGUAUGAUGAUGCUAAAUUAUGGCAAGCUUUGGAAGAGGUGCAUCUGAGAAAGGAAGUUUCGGACAUGCCAUCAGGAUUGCAGAGUAUGAUAUCUGAAGGUGGCUCCAAUUUCAGUGUGGGUCAACGGCAACUUGUUUGCCUGGCCCGAGCAAUUCUGCGUGAGAACCGCAUUCUACUCAUGGACGAGGCCACCGCCAAUGUGGAUCCUCAAACUGAUGCCCUCAUCCAGUCGACUAUACGCAGAAAGUUCAAGGAUUGCACUGUUCUGACCAUUGCUCAUCGAUUGAACACAAUUAUGGACUCGGAUAAGGUUAUGGUCCUUAAUGCGGGCCAAAUUGUUGAAUUCGAUUCGCCAUAUAACUUACUAACAUCAAGCAAAAGUAAAGUGUUCUACGGCAUGGUCAAGCAGACGGGUACUUCGAGUUUUGAGAAUCUUCUAAGCAUAUCAGAAAAUGCCUUGGAUAGGAAAUAUUAAUUACCAUAAAGGAACUUCAGAAGUGCCUUGUUUGAAACCUUUGAAGGAUCAAUGAAGG